UUUGACAUUGUUGACGUAUGAUGUACGUCAAAUAUGACAUAUGUCAUCAUUUGUUUUGAAAAUUGUUAAUUAAAUAACACCCAUAAUGAAUUUACCGCGUUACAAAUUUUCUAAAGAAGCAGAACCACAGUUAUUACAGUUUCUAAAAAUUGCAACAGAGCAAAAAUCACACAAGAAUUGUAAUUUGGAGAGUUACGAAGUAUGGAAAAAAUUAUUACCACUGGAUCCGACGUUAAUUAAACAAGUUAAUGAAUUUCAAACUCCACCAGUGGCCAUAAUUGAUUUGUGUUCUGAUGAAGAACCACAACCACAAGAUGUAGAUGUACCGGAUGUACCAUUACAGAGUGAAAAUGAAGGAGAAAUAAAUUUAAGUGUCAGUAGUGAAUCUUCCAUAAGUGAUAUAGUUUUGGUUAUUAAAGAAAAUCUGCAAACGCAGAAUGACGUGUCAGACACAGCUAAAGAAUAUAUUGGGAAGUGUUGUAGCAAUGAUUUAGACUUGCUGUUUAAACUGUUGGAUCAAACUUUAACUAAUGAAGAAGUUUAUUAUUUUGGAGUUGCUUUGCAGGGCAUAAUUACAAAUCUUUUAGUAAUUCCUCUGUGUCAUCAUUUAUUAAUGCCAAAAAUAAGGAAAGAGUUUUGCGAUAAAUUACUAAUAUUGUUAGAACAAUUUAGUCAAAAUUAUUCAUCAGUGUUGGAAGAAGAAUGUCUCGUGGUUCUUAAAACUUUAUCUCAAGACGAAAUCGCAAUUUUUUUAGAAUACAUGAAAAAGCUAAAUUCAAGGUUCCAAGCUACGUUAGUGAGAAAUUUUAUACUUGCUGUUGAAAAACUGGAUGAGAAUUGUUUAGUGAUAGUAGGAACUUUACUCAAUCAUGAGGUUGAAUAUGAAGCUCUGAACAAAUUUGUUGAAAUGCUGUCAACUAUUGCGGAAGAUCGUGAUAAGGACAAGAAUUUUGGUAAAUUAUUGAUGAAGGUGGUUGAAGUUUUGGGACCUAAUAUAGUACAUGUGGAGAAACCUCUCAGGCACAUAAUUUCGGGACAUAAGUCCGUUUGGAAAUCAAAACUACAAAAAACAUUUAGCAGUUGUUAUGAAGAUAGUCAGUUGUUUUCACAGAGUUUUCGAGAUUAAAAAAAGUGGAACUAAA